CAAUUUUUGCUAGAGAAAAGGAACUAUCUCUCCUCCGCCCAAAAAUUCGUACCUGCAAUGGAUCACACCGCGGAGCACCUCGACCCCGCAGCCUCGGCGUCGGCGUCCGCGCCCGCAUUUGUCGCCGAGGUCAACGCGUGGCUGGCAUCCCUGGCAGCGGAGGGCGGCGGAGUGGGAGGGCGCGGCGGUGGGGCGGUGGUCUCCGAGCUGUCGCUGGGGCCCGACCCCACGCCGCGCGGGGUAUCCUAUCUCCGCGCGCUCGCGGUGGCGUCUCAGGCGCGGUCCCACGCAGCCGGGAUCGCUGCCUCGGGGCUGCGCGCGCAGGCCGUGGAGUAUCAGGCGGAGGCAGCGCGCUUGCGGGAGGCGCUGGAGAGGGCCGGCCUUGCGCGGGACGCGCUCCCUCCGCCUGCUGCGUCGGCCGCGCGCGCCGUCGCCGCUGUCGCGAACCUUCUGGCCAUCCGCGACACCGAAAUGAGCAGCUUCGUGGUGGCCAGUGCAGAUUUAUGGUUGAGGAGAGCAGAGGUGGAGGAGAAGAGGGACAAAGUGCAUAAAGAGUCAAAGGCACUUCUUGAUUACACAAGGAAGGCCAUCACCAAGCUUACUGAGCUCAAGAGGAUGCUGGAGAAAUUUAAAAAUGAUGUGGAGAAGCAACAAGUGGAGCAAAUGGCAGACUGGCAGACAAAACUGGUCAUGAUGGACUCGAAGGAGCGGCAAUAUAUCCUCCAAGUCUCAAAUUACAAGGCAAUGCUUAACAGAGUUGGAUACACGCCAGAAAUUAAUCAUUGUGUGUUGAUGGAAAUGGCGGAACACAAGAAGGAUCUUGAGAGGAAAACUAAACCCAUUGCCGACACAUUACGUAGCUACCAGGAUUUGCCUCCAGAUAAAGCUCUCGCUGCGUUAGCUAUAGAGGACAAAAAGAGGCAGUAUACAGCUGCAGAGAAGUACCUUGAAGAUGUGUUGCAAUCUGCUUUAACAACACCUGGUCUAUGAUGUGGCCAUGUGGGUUUGACUAAAUGCAAAGUUCUAUUUGGCGUGUCUAAUGUCUUAGCAUUGAUUGAUGGUGUAAUGGAGUCGAUUCAUUUUCUUGGAAGUUGUGACUUCGUUAUGUAUUCCUGUAAAAUCCAUAUUCUAGUGUUGUCCCAACUACAACAAAUUUAAUCAUUGAAACUAAAUAUCAUCAGAGAGAAUAGGCACUUCCUCAGGACC